GUAGGAAGAGCCGUUGAGGAAGAAGUCUACGAUGCCCCGAUUCCGGAGAAGGAGAAAAGGGCGAUCGUCGCGCAAGCGACGUUGGCAGCUGCCAACGCAGAAAGCCCGGGGCGCUUAAUGAAUGGCACUGGUGGCUUGCCGAAAGAUGUCGUGCGGGACCUUCUCUCCUUGAGCUGGGCAGCGCGGGCUGCGGGUUUCAGUAGCGAAGCUACUGCUGCAAUGAAAUUCCGAUGGCAGGACAUGAGUCCCCAACAGCGCGCCGUUGCACGAAAAGUCCUCGUGGCAGCUGCCGCGGCACGGGGCCAAACGCCCCACAAAGGCCCAUCAUCAGCGGACAGGGUCGCAUCCGUUGUGAGGGCACUCGAAGAUGCAGGCGUCCCCGCCCGCGAGGAGGCAACUUUCGCGGAAGCGGCUCUGCGGAGUGAAGAGGCCCCAGAGGAGGCUUCGGAGGUAGGGCCGUUGUCGAAGACCAUCUUGGACGAUAUCGUGGACUUGGCGAAGCACGCUGGGCUGAGCCGCGCACAGCAAAGUGGCAUCCUCCAAGCAGUGGCGCCACUGCAGCCCGAGGAGCGUCGGGCAGUGGCAACUGUUUGGGCUGCUGUUGGCGAUCGGGCGGAGAAGAGGCGUGAAGCUCGAGCGCCGGAUGCAACGGAAGAUGCCCAUGCGGCCUCACUGGAGUCGCUGAACGUCCUUGUCUUCGCAGCAAUGCAGGUGGGAGCCACGGCCGAAACUAUCGAUAAGGUGAAUGCCCUGGCGCAAAGCAUGACUCCAGAAGCCCAGAUGGCUGCCGCAGCUGCUGUGCUCGCCACGCGCAAGGCACCAGCUCCAGUCGAGCCGCUUUCGGUGGUUUCGUCAAUCUCCCAGAAG